AUGUAUACUUGUGGGUGGCUGUGUUUGAUUGGACUGGAUUUCUAUUCCUGCCCACUCUGGGGAACACCAUUCCUGGCUAUUCUAGGGAAGACUAUUCCAGGGAACAUUCCAGUGAAUCCAACUAUUGAAAUAUCCAGGCCUGACCCAGGCCAUUGGAAUGGACACUGCAACAAGGGUUGUUGGGACACAUUCAAAACAACAAUCUGGCAGUAUAAUCCUGGGAUGCACUCCUCAACUGCAGAUGUGAAAGCAUUCAAUGAGCAUGGAAUGAGGUAUAGCCUGUCAUGUACCAACCCAUUAUGCCCAAAAAAAACUGCCCUUCUUCGAAACAUUGACAAGACUGGUUGCAAGGUUAUUAUUUUCACCCUUGAGGAUGGCACUUGUGCAACAUUUCAUUACAAACUCUCUUGUCCAUCUGUUUACAACCAAUCCCUUGCUCAGCCACAAAAUCAGCUGAAGGAAUGGGUAUUCACCUUCAAGCUUUGCCCUGAGGACAUUUGGGAAGGAAUUAGUCACCUUGCUAUCUUGGAGCAUUAUGAAAAGAAAGGAGAUACCCUCACUGUGCCUCAUGGGUCAGACCAGAAAGAUUGGCUUGCCGAUGUCAGAAAUUUCCCAGGUGCCUUGCCAGGCAGCCGGCUUGUAAUAUACUCCAGCGGUGGUCAGCAUGAUAAGAUUUACCUGAUAGCAGCUACAAAGACAAACUAUUGA